CUCUCAAUCAAAAUCGAGUAUGCUGAGCUUAGCGAACCCUACUGGAAACAGCACCAUAGAAUUUCGCAAAUUGAUAUUUCCAACGUCAGCGACAGCAACCUCAGUCAACACGCAACACUCGAGCCCGAACAUGAAGCCCGAAGAUUGAGAUAAGAAUGGCGUCGUUGGCGAAGGGAAAGGAUUUACUUUGACACGUGAAUUGCCUGUGGGACUGCGUGUAUUUCGAGAUUGGGCGAUACUGGCCGGGAAGGCGCCAAGGCACUUUCGCAUCGAAGGAUCAAUAGAUCUUGACCACCAUCUGGACGUGGAUUUGUGGGCGUGACGAAAUACAACGAGGGGCUCUUUGGAUUUGUGGAUGCGUUCUGCCACGAUGAAAGACUGGAUCAAAUGCUGGAAAAUGGGGAUGGCAAGCGGCUGGGACUUUCACGAGGGGAUCAUCAUCAGAGGCCGCCUGCCUCGAUAUGCACUGCACUCUGAACUCCUUGAUCCAGGCCCUCCAGCGCUUCACCCUCCAUUCUCCCCAUGGGUGGAGAAUCCACCCUUUGCACUCUCCUCAAAGCUCAGGCUAUCUCCCCUUCCCAUCUUCCCCCUCCACAAUCCCGCUCCUCUUCCCCCGUCCCAUCACCAGAACACGAUAUUGUAGCAAGCAUUCCCCGAGUCCUGCUAAAACCCAACCUGAAACUCUGAUGGCCGAAGAGCGGGGAUCCCGCAGCAUGCCUCGGGCUCCUGGACCAGCAUAGGAGCAGAGCGGUGAGUGAUAAGAUAGGAGACUUAUCCGUGCACGGGGGAAGGGAAAAGGUAAGGGAGCAUGUAAAGAAUACAAACAAUUGCAGAAGUGAGAGUGAGUGAGUG